AUGAGGAAGGAUAGCACGAAAAUUCCUGGGUUUGCAUGUGAGAGAGAAAGCUUGCUCUCUAAAGCUAAGCUUUCCUCUUCCUUUCUUCUCCUCUUGCUUGACUUACCUCAUGGAGGCAAAAAUCAGUUCUGCCCAAUCCCACAAAAUCAGGGAUUUUUGGGAGCUCGAGGCUUCAACAGCUUCAGAGGAGAGCUUCCAUUUUCACCCAUCUUCUUUCUCUUCUUUCCUCCUCUUUUCACGGCCAAAUCUGAUGAAGGAAAGAAAAUGGGUGCGCCUGCUGGUUUAAGGGAUAGCAUCUUCCCCUGCGUGCUAAUACCCCUUGGUUUCUUGAAUGCUUGCACUUGGAACUUGUUCCCCCAGCAGCCCCUCACAUGUGAAUCUCUGGCUUUCUUCGUGGACUUCUGCUUCAGCCAAGUGCUGAAGGCCUUGGACUCCUUUUAUUCAAAUGCGGAGUUCUCGCCCUUUCUCUCUCCUCUCUUUGAUGUCGAAAUCCCCGUUGCCUCGAUCUUGCUCUGUCAAGCUUUGAUCUUUGAUUUCCUGGUUCUGCUUUCAAACUGGUUCACCAUGAACAACCUCUCGUCCUUCACAACUCUCGACUCCAAUCUGCUCUCUAAGCCUCGCUCAUUUGGUCCCUACCUCCAUGGGCCCAUUCACCUUCAGGGCCCCAGAAAUGUUGUCGUAUGCUCGGUGAAGCCCUCAAUUGCCACUCCCUCACCUCUAAGUGUGUCUGGGUCUCCUAAUCAGGGGCUAAGUCGAAUUGAGUCGCUAACCCAGGUCUCGGGUGUGUUGGGCUGCCAGUGGGGAGAUGAAGGAAAAGGCAAACUUGUCGACAUCUUAGCCCAACACUUUGACAUUGUUGCUCGUUGUCAGGGUGGAGCAAAUGCUGGACAUACCAUUUACAAUGCAGAGGGAAAGAAGUUUGCACUUCACCUUGUUCCCUCAGGUAUCCUUAAUGAAGAGACUCUUUGUGUUAUUGGGAAUGGAGUUGUGGUGCAUCUUCCAGGGCUCUUUAAGGAGAUUGAUGGCCUCGAAUCUAAUGGAGUCUCCUGCAAGGGAAGGAUAUUGGUCUCUGAUCGUGCGCACCUCUUAUUUGAUUUCCACCAAGUAGUGGACGGGCUUCGAGAAUCUGAGCUUGCUAAAUCUUUCAUUGGCACUACCAAGAGAGGUAUUGGACCUUGUUAUUCUAACAAGGUUAUCCGAAAUGGUAUUCGAGUUAGCGACUUGAGAUACAUGGAUGCUUUUCCUCAAAAGCUAGAUAUUCUAUUAUCAGAUGCUGCAGCAAGAUUCCGAGGUUUUGACUAUGGGCCCCAUGUGCUCAAAGAAGAAGUUGAAAAGUACAAGCGAUUUGCUGAGAGAUUGGAACCCUUCAUUGCCGAUACUGUGCUUGUCGUGAAUGAAGCCAUCUCUGAGAAGAAAAAGAUUUUGGUCGAAGGGGGCCAGGCAACAAUGUUGGAUAUUGACUUUGGAACUUACCCCUUUGUAACAUCCUCUAGUCCUUCAGCCGGUGGGAUUUGCACUGGCCUUGGCAUUGCUCCCAGAGUUCUAGGCGAUCUAGUUGGAGUGGUGAAAGCAUACACUACAAGAGUUGGUUCUGGUCCUUUUCCCACAGAGAUCUUGGGUAAAGGGGGUGACCUCCUUAGGUUUGCUGGUCAGGAGUUUGGCACAACUACUGGCCGCCCUCGUCGUUGUGGUUGGCUUGAUAUAGCAGCAUUGAGAUACUGCUGUCAGAUUAAUGGUUUUUCUUCUCUCAAUCUCACCAAACUUGAUGUUUUGUCAGAUCUUCCUGAAAUUCAGUUGGGUGUUGCCUACAAAAAAACUGAUGGUACACCAAUCAGAUCAUUCCCUGCAGACCUUCGUGAUCUUGAGCAGUUAAAGGUGGAAUAUGAAGUAUUGCCUGGAUGGAAGUCUGAUAUAUCUUUGGUCAGAAACUAUUCUGACCUUCCAAAGGCAGCACGCCAGUAUGUGGAAAGGAUAGAAGAACUUGUCGGCGUACCCAUCCAUUACAUUGGUGUGGGGCCUGGUCGUGAUGCACUCAUUUACAAAUAA